CCAUAUCGUCCCUCUGUUGGCAGUAUGGCCGCCGUGCAGUAGCCGUUAGUGUGUGCUGCUGUUAUAUGUAACAUUUCUAGCUUCACACUUUAAAAUAAACAUGUCGGCCGUACUUUUCUUGAAGAAGUCUGUGAGUAGACUUCCGCCGAGUGUCGCUCGGCAGGUCGUCGGCUGUUGUUACCACACGGAGAAAGGUGUGUACGGGUACCGACCCAAACCCUCGGACAGGGACCAGAAACCGCAGAGCGACCGCAUCGCUGCUCUGAAUCAAGAUCAUGGUCUUGUACGUCUGGUGGGGGCAUACAGAGCACAUGGACACAAGGCUGCUAAAAUUAACCCCUUACUGCCCCAAAAGCCUGUAGUUGACAGUAUCCCGGAGAUCAACAUGCUGGCUGGCACCAUUAGAGGACAGCUCAACACCUCAGGACUACGGCACUUGGGCAGGACGGAGGCUUCGGUGGAAGAGGUUCAGGCCUAUUUGGAGGAAGCCUACUGUGGCCACUUGUCAGUGGAGACCAGCCAGCUGAGCAGCCUGGAGGAGCAGGAGUGGUUUGCUGACCACUUUGAGGGGCUCAAGAAGAAGAGUUUCACCACUGAGGAGAGGAGGCACCUGGCAAAGAUCAUGCUGGAGUCUCAGGAAUUUGACCACUUCCUGGCCACCAAGUUUGCAACUGUGAAGCGUUACGGAGGAGAAGGAGCAGAGAGCAUGAUGGGCUUCUUCUAUGAGCUUUUCCACCAGUCGGCCCACAGCGGAGUCACCGACAUCAUCAUUGGGAUGCCCCACAGAGGCCGACUCAAUCUGCUGACAGGCCUGCUGAAGUUCCCACCAGAGCUCAUGUUCCGUAAGAUGCGUGGCCUCAGUGAGUUCCCUGAAACCUCUCCCGCCAUCGGUGACGUCCUCUCCCAUCUCACCUCCUCGGUGGAGCUGGAUCUCGGAGCUGAACACCCUCUCCAUGUGACCAUGCUGCCCAACCCGUCUCACCUCGAGGCCAUCAACCCCGUGGCUCAGGGAAAAGCUCGAGCCAGGCAGCAGCUCAGGCAAGAAGGAGACUACUCACCUGAAGACAACGCCCAGCCAGGGGACCAGGUCAUCUGUCUGCAGGUCCAUGGCGAUGGCUCCUUUACUGGUCAAGGGAUUGUUCCAGAAACCUUGACCCUCUCAAACCUUCCUCACUACAGAGUCGGUGGGAGCAUCCACCUCAUCGUGAACAACCAAGUGGGUUACACUACUCCAUCGGAGAGAGGGAGAUCCUCUCUGUACUGUAGUGACGUUGGUAAGAUGGUGAACUGCGCUGUGAUCCAUGUAAACGGCGAUGAUGCAGAGGAGGUGCUGCGGGCCACUCGGCUGGCUGUAGAUUAUCAGCGGCGUUUCAGGAAAGACGUCAUCUUGGACCUGAUCUGCUACCGUCAGUGGGGUCACAACGAGCUGGAUGAGCCUUUCUUUACUAAUCCAGCCAUGUACAAGAUAAUCCGCUCCCGUAAGAGCGUCCCUGACUCCUACUCAGACCAGCUGAUCUCUGAGGGUCUGAUGACUGAUGCCGAGCGUGACGAAAUCAAGUCCAAAUACUACAGCUCGCUCAACGACAAGCUGGCCAACAUGACCCUGUACAGCCCUCCACCCACCAACCUGCAGGGCCGCUGGGGGGAUCUGGCAGAACCCCAGGCCAGAGUCACCACCUGGGACACGGGUGUCCCUAUUCCUCUGCUGCAGUUUGUAGGAGCCAAGUCUGUGGACAUCCCGGAGCACAUCCAGCUGCACAGCCACCUCGGGAAGACCCAUGCACAGGCUCGGUUGCAAAAGCUGGAAGAGGGGACCAAACUGGACUGGUCCACAGCAGAGGCUUUGGCUUUCGGCUCCCUCCUCAGCCAAGGCUUUAAUAUUCGUAUCAGUGGACAGGACGUGGGAAGAGGCACAUUCAGUCAGCGUCAUGCCAUGGUCGUGUGUCAAGACACCAACGACAUGUACAUCCCUCUAAACCACAUCAGCCCCCAGCAGACAGGUUUCCUGGAGGUGUGUAACAGCCCGCUGUCUGAGGAGGCGGUGCUUGGAUUUGAAUAUGGGAUGAGUAUCGCACAGCCGAAGCUCCUUCCCAUCUGGGAGGCUCAGUUUGGAGAUUUCUUCAACGGAGCGCAGAUCAUUUUCGAUACCUUCAUCACUGGAGGUGAGGCUAAAUGGCUGCUACAGUGCGGGAUGGUGAUCCUGCUGCCUCAUGGUUACGAUGGAGCAGGACCCGAACACUCGUCCUGCCGCAUGGAGCGUUUCCUCCAGAUGUGUGACAGUAAAGAGGAGGGUGUGGACGGCGACAAUGUCAACAUGGCCGUGGUAAACCCCACCACCUCUGCCCAGUACUUCCACCUGCUGAGGCGACAGAUGAUCCGUAACUUCCGAAAACCUCUCAUCGUGGUCGGACCCAAGAUGCUGUUGAGAUUUUCUGGGGCUGCGUCCAGUCUGGCUGAAAUGGCACCAGGAACAUCUUUCAGACCAGUGAUAGGUGAUACUUCAGUCUCGGCACAAAGCGUCCAGAAGGUGGUGCUGUGCUCAGGGAAGCAUUACUACGCCUUGCUGAAACAGAGGGAGACAUCCGCAGCCAACCAGGACACAGCGCUCAUCCGUUUGGAGGAGUUGUGUCCGUUCCCACUGGAGGCUCUGCAGCAGGAGCUCAAAAAAUACACCAAUGCCAAAGAGUUCGUUUGGAGUCAGGAGGAGCCUCAGAACAUGGGUCCCUGGUCUUUUAUCUCUCCAAGGUUUGAGAAGCAGCUGGCCUGCAGGCUCCGGUUAGUGAGCCGACCAGCUCUGCCCGCCCCCGCUGUGGGCAUCGGGACCCUCCACCAGCAGCAGCAAGAGGCCAUCCUCACUGCUACCUUCUCCUAAGACCUGGACCGAAAUAAACACUACACAACGAUCAGAGCUACACUACCAGCUGUAUCUGCUGUGAUCCUCCCACUGUCAUUGCUAAAAGUGCAGGGCUGCUGCACGGCAGAUACACGGGACCUUUAGAUGAUGCGGAUGUGCUGUUUUGAAAUAAGUUGGCCAAUAAUAUAUAGAUUAAAAGGAAGUGUUAAAGAGAGUAGGGUUGAUAAUUUUAUUUGUACUCUUAUAGUCAAAUACAGGUUUUAAUUGUAAGUUUAUGUUGUUUGAAGGAUCAUAUCUGUUAUUUUCCCCUUUCUCUCAUUCGACAUGCCUAUAUUCUUUGUUUGUUUAGUCACAAGACAAAAAGACAACUGCUCAUUUGAUUCAGAUCUGAAUCGAGGCCUUAGAGACAACGUUUACAAUAUGAUUGUAGUUAAGAAGCACUUUUAGCUGACCGUCGUGUUUCUAGCACCGGAUACUGUUAUCUCGCUCGUGUCUGUACGGGCUCCAUGUUUGAGGAAUCAUAAUUGUUAAGUCAGAGUUCUUCAUUUUUAUACUGCUCUGAACAGAAAAUAUCAGUAUAAGUUGUUUAAAACCUCAUUGGAAUAUUUAUAUAAGAGUGGGAGUAUUUUAAAGGACAUUAACUGGCAUUAAACGAGGAUGUGAAACUGUUUGCAAACAAAGAGAGUUGUUACCACUGAGACUGUUAAAUGUGUAGCCAUUACUUGCCUACCUUAAGUUAGGUGCAGUAUAUUUUACCAUUUCAUGGUACGCAUUUGGGUUAAGAAGUACAUAAUCAUUUCCAAUAUUUAAUUAUGGUUUGAACUCACAGUAAUGGCAUUAAAGGGCUGAUGUAAAUAAACCAAAUCAGAAUAUUCACAUGGAAAUAUUUUCAAAUAAAUCUAUUUUCACGGUUGUGCA